AUGUCUUCUCAACGCACCGUUCUCAUAACCGGCUGUUCCGACGGCGGUCUCGGGGCUGCCCUUGCACUAGCAUUCCACACCGCCGGGCUCAAAGUCUACGCUACAGCACGCAACAGUGCCAAAUUAGGUCAAUGUUCCUCUGCUGGUAUUGAGACAUUAAUAAUCGACGUCCUAUCCUCUGAAUCUAUCCAAAAUGCGGCCUCGAAGUUACCAUAUCUCGAUAUUUUGGUCAACAAUGCAGGUGCUGAAUACCUCAUGCCCAUUGCGGAUCUUGAUAUCGCCGAUGCCAAGAAGAUAUUUGAUCUAAAUGUGUGGAGCUACAUUGAAGUGACACAGACCUUCCUCCCCCUGUUAGUGAAGAGUUCAUAUGGCGGGGUUGUUGUCAACCAUACCUCAUUGGCCUCCGUUGCCACGGUACCCUUUCAAGGGGUAUAUACCGCAUCCAAGGCGGCCAUUGCCAUGUUGUCUGAUACACUUCGACUUGAAUUGGGAGCUUUAGGUGUUACUGUGGUGGACAUAAAAAGCGGCAUCGUGCUCUCCAACUUGAUAAAGAAUGGACGAGACGCCAAAACACCACAACUUCCCGAUACCUCAUUCUAUAGCCCGGCCAGAGAUGUCGUGGAGAAAACACUCAGCCAGGAAAAAUUUGUAGGUGUUGGAUCUCCGGCACCGGUAUGGGCAAAGGCCGUUGUGAGAGAUCUGCUUAAGAAGAAACCACCUAUGAUCAUAUAUAAGGGGGAGCAGGCUUGGCUAGCCUGGCUGAUUGGAUUCUUACCAUCUGGGGCUUUGGAUGGGACAGUUAAAAAACUAUCUGGAUUAGACGUUGUUGAGAAUAUUAUGAAGGUGGGUCAAUAG